CCCUCCUUCCCUGCCUUUCCCUUCCUUCUUUACAAUACACUCUCCCCUCAUCACCCGCCCCCCGUCUGACUGACUCUAAUCUCUCUCUUACUUAACCUCGGCUGGGGCUGGGAUCAAUUAAUUAAUUAAAUUAUCAAUGGCGGCGAGGGAGGAAGAAGUGACCCUGUUGGACUUCUGGCCCAGCAUGUUUGGGAUGAGGUGCAAGAUCGCGCUCCGAGAGAUGGGGAUCGAGUUCGCAUACAAGGAGGAGGACCUGAGGAACAAGAGCCCCCUGCUCCUCUAGAUGAACCCCAUUCACAAAAAAAUCCCCGUCCUCAUCCACAACGGAAAACCCAACUCCGAGUCCCUUGUCAUCCACCAGAACAUCGACGAGACUUGGAAUAAUAAUAAUGAUGAGGAGGAGGAGGAGGAGGAUGACAACAAGGCUCCCGACCACCUGCUCCCUUCCAAUCACUACGACAGAGCCUAGGCCCGAUUCUGGGCUGAUUACAUCGACAAGAAAUCAGGAGCUCCCACCAAUGGCAGAGACAUUGACCCUACUGGACUACUGGCCUAGCAUGUUCGGGAUGAGGUGCAGGAUUGCGCUCAGGGAGAAGGACAUCAAGUUCGAGUACCAAGAGCAGGACUUGUGGAGCAAGAGCCCCUUGCUCCUGGAGAUGAACCCGAUUUACAAGAAAAUCCCAGUUUUGAUCCACAAUGGGAAACCCAUCUGCGAGUCUCUGAUCAUAGUGGAGUACAUCGACGAGACGUGGAAGGGUAAGGCUCCACUGUUGCCUUCCGAUCCCUAUGAGAGAGCUCAGGCUCGAUUCUGGGCUGAUUAUGUCGAUAAGAAGAUCUAUGAGGGGGGAAGGAACGUCUGGAGCACCACUGGAGAAGAUCAGGGAGAAGCUAAGAAGGAAUACAUUGAACGUCUGAAAGUGCUGGAAGGGGUGCUCGGAGACAAGCCUUUCUUUGGGGGCGAUUCGUUUGGAUUCACAGACAUUGCCCUAAUCCCAUAUUACAGCUGGUUUUAUUCGUACGAGAUAUGUGCCAACUUCAGCAUUGAAGCAGAGUGCCCGAAGCUCAUCUCAUGGGCUAAGAGGUGCAUGGAGAAGGAGAGUGUGUCUGAGUCCCUCCCCGACCCAGAGAAGAUAUAUAUGCUUCUUUUGGAGCUCAAGAAGAAGGCAGGCAAAUAGUCGAGGCAAACUGGCUGCUGUGUGUUUGUGAUGAUGUAGUUUAGCUUGGUUUUCUUUGUGCUAUUAGAGCAGACGUUGCUCUGCGUCCUGGAUGGUUUAUGGGGAGUAAUAUUGCUGAGAAGCUACUGAUAUUGCUUAGCAGAUAUUUUUCUUCUUCAAUAGUUUCACCAAGGCUUCAUGCAUGAGCUGUGUGGCCAGAUUGACCUGCCUCAUGGGAAUUGUUCACAUGGACCAUGGAGAUUAGUGGGCGAAGCCUGGAAAUCCUCGUUAUUAAAAAAAAAAAAAAGAAGAGAGAGAGAUCUUUUGGUUUUCAGGUCAAAUUUUCUUGAAAGUUGCUGUAUAUUUAAGCUGCUGGUUUUUGUUGAACGUGCAUGAUGCAUGUGAUGUGGUCCUUCUUCUGCACCGAACGUUGAUUGGCAUUUGAGUAGCCAUUUAAGUUCUCUUAAGAAAUAGUAAGAGUCUAUUUGGAAUCACCGAAUAUUCAUGAGAUGAUUUGGAAACAUGGAAAUCAUGGAAUCCAAGAGCUUAUUUUGAAACUCUCAGAGGAAUUUUCAGAAUGAUUUUCAAGGAAAGAAAUGAGGCUGUUCGUGGAUUUCAUUCUCCUGCUCCAAGAUGGAAGUUUAUAGAUCUUGUGCUGGUUGAUGAUGGACUUGGACAUAUUCUCCCUCUGUAUACACCUCUCAGCCCACGCCACGAGCUAUGGGCACACCUCCACUGCUAGGCAAGGCGAGUUAUGCUGCUGUUCAAGAUCUCAGACUGGACUGUGGAUCUCGGAGAGGAGCUGCGUUCUUUUGUUGUGAUGGAUUGCAGCUAUAUAUUUUGACAGGUUUCUCUUGCUUCAUUUCCAUCCCCUGUAACAAAAUCUGGUGUUUCUUUAUCUAUGUUGCAUUGAGACAGACAAUAGAUGCUGCUGGUUGGCAAUCAGGAUGAACUUCUCUAAUAGGUCUGUGCUGCUUCAGCAAAGAGAGAGACAAGACUGAUAUAGUUUAGAACUCCUCGCCUGUUUUGUCUGUAUCAUUAUUUCUUCUUAAAUUUCUAUUCAUUAUUGAACCUAUAAACGAUUGGGUCA